GCGUUCGUCCUUUUAACCAUUUCCUUUCCUUAGUUCAAACAAUUUCAUGGUUUCCCAGAUUUUAAGACGAGUGGUUAAUAGUCCACGUAUCUUAAGUACUAUUAUAACGCCAAAUUCUUCUAGAUCUUACCGAUCCUCGGCAAUUCGCUUUGGUAGCUUUCCAACUAACUUGCAAAGGCGACAGUUGCAUCGCAUUAUAAAUCCCUCGUCAAAUGUUACCUCACUUCUAAGUUACGGUCAUCACCGGCCUACUUUUUAUAAUGCCCAAAAUCAAUAUUUAAUAGUGGUGGGUUCUCAAACUAGAACGAUUUCAAUUAUUUCAGUUUCAAGAUUCGUUCUGCAUGCAUUGAGGAUUCCUGCCGCGGGUGUAACAGUGGGAGUUGGAGGUUUGGCAUACGCUAAUUACAAACUUAAUGAUAUGGCAAGUAAAAGUUCGGAUUUACUUUCUUCCAUCACUAAUGGAAUUAAAUCGGCUGUAGGAAGUGUAGAAAUACAUGUUCCGGAAUUUUUAGCAAAUAUUUUUUCUUCUAAAUCAGGCCCAUCUGUAACAUCAAGUUCGAUACAGAUGGAAUCUGAUAGACCUAGAUUCAUUAAAAAGGAAGAUGAAAACAAUAAUUCUUCUGAUUCUUCAGGAGGUGGAACUGGUGCUACUGCUGCUGCUGCUACAGUAGGAGCAGCUACUUUAUUUAGUAUGAACGAACAAGAAGAUGAAGAUGUUAGG